UAACAGAAAUGAUUAUUUUGGAAGACAUUUGUAAAACAUCCCCCAAUGAAAAAUUUUAAAAUAAUUUAUAACUUUGUAUAGUUGAAUGAUUUUUUUACAGUUUAGAUAUAAUAUAACUUCAAAGUUUUUCUCUAUAGUUUUGGUGAUAAAGUUGCAAUGCAGAUGACAAAUUCUAAUAAAUUAGAAAAAGCAAGAUCUGCUAUUUUUACCUUCAAACCCAGUUCACAGCAAACAUUAGUUGUUCAAAGCCCCGAAAGACGACCUUCAUUAAAUAUGACACCACAAGUUACAUCUCCCUUAAUUAUUCCUGUACUUCCACUAACACAAGGACAUGGAACAGCUAUUUCAAAAGUAACACCAUUACCACAUUUUUUAACAAAUGUGGAAAAUAUACCCUCUCGUCCUUUGUCUUCACCUCCUCCAGAACCUUUCAUGAUUAUGCGAAAUAAAGCUCUGAAUAAAAGAGUAAUUAUAAAUGUUGGUGGAACAAAACAUGAGGUGUUAUGGUGUACAUUAGAAAGAUUACCGCAUACUCGAUUAGGACGUUUGAGAGAGUGCAAUACACAUGAAGCAAUCAUGGAGAUAUGUGAUGAUUACAGUUUAGUUGACAAUGAAUAUUUUUUUGAUCGUCAUCCCAAAUCAUUUGGUGCUGUUUUAAAUUUUUUUCGUACUGGAAAACUUCAUUUAGUUGAAGAAAUGUGUGUUUUAGCAUUUAGUGAUGAUUUAGAAUAUUGGGGUAUUGAUGAAUUAUAUUUAGAAUCAUGUUGUCAACAUAAAUAUCAUCAGAGGAAAGAACAUGUUCAUGAAGAGAUGAGAAAAGAAGCAGAAUCUUUGUUAGAAAGAGAUGAAGAAUUUUUUGGAUAUGGAAGGUGCUCGCCAUAUCGUAAGUUUCUUUGGGAUUUGUUAGAAAAGCCAACCUCAUCCCUUGCAGCAAGAGUUGUUGGUGUUCUGUCAAUUUUGUUCGUUAUUCUAUCAACGAUUGCAUUGACACUUAACACCUUGCCCCAGUUACAAGAAAAAGACAAAGAUGGUCAUCCUGUGGAUAAUCACAAUCUUGCUGUGGUAGAAGCUGUCUGCAUAACUUGGUUUACACUUGAAUAUUUACUUCGUUUUAUUUCAUCUCCAAAUAAAUGGAAAUUUUUCAAAGGUGUAUUAAACACAAUUGAUCUUCUAGCUAUUUUGCCUUAUUUUGUUUCUUUAUUUUUAAUUGAAUCAAACAGACAAGGAGAUUCAUUGUAUGAUGUUCGACGUAUAGUACAAGUAUUUAGAAUAAUGAGAAUACUCCGAAUCUUGAAAUUAGCCAGGCAUUCUACUGGUCUACAAAGUUUAGGUUUUACAUUAAGAAACAGUUACAAAGAAUUAGGUUUAUUAAUGUUAUUUUUAGCAAUUGGUAUCAUGAUAUUUUCAAGUCUUGCGUAUUUUGCUGAGAAGGAUGAGCAUUCAACGAAAUUUACAAGUAUCCCAGAAACAUUCUGGUGGGCAAGUAUCACAAUGACGACAGUUGGAUACGGUGAUAUUUACCCUACCACACCACUGGGAAAAGUGAUAGGUACUUUGUGUUGUAUCUGUGGUGUGUUGGUUAUUGCACUGCCUAUUCCUAUCAUUGUCAACAAUUUUUCUGAGUUUUAUAAGAAUCAAAUGAGACGAGAGAAGGCUUUAAAACGAAAAGAAGCACUAGAACGUGCAAAACGAGAAGGUAGCAUUGUUUCAUUUCAUCAUGUAAAUUUGCGAGAUGCUUUUGCAAAGAGUAUGGAUUUCAUUGAUGUUCUAAUGGAAUCAGGACAAAAUCCUAGUCAGAUGGAUGCAGUAAGUGUUGGAAAUGAUUCUUCUCAAAUAAACACAGGUGCAAUUUGCUAUAAAAAUAUUGAUUCUUCAAUAGUAGAACGUUGUCCAAAUUGGAGAAAAGAUUCUCAAGCUCAGUCAUUACCAUCAGGCAUUAUAAAUCCAAUUUCUAAUAAUUUAUUGGAUAUCUCAGAGUUACAAAAUGCAAAGUCUUCUAAUUUAAGAAGUGAUAGCUGUGGAGCACUUGAUCGAAUGAAAAAUAAUCAAUUAGAAGGUUCAAAUUCUAUAGCAAGUUAUUCACAGGGCUUUGUAUCUACAGAAGUUAAAGAAUUCAUAGAUCAAGAUUUGCCAACUUAUGCUGAUGUACAAACUAACAUUGAAAUGAAAACAAUAAAUAAGUGGGAUAUUGGGAGUGAAGAAAGUUCAGACACAUAUUUAAGUUGUAAUACUCAUCAGUUUGCAUCAUUAGGUGAUCUUUAUUUAGAUGAAACGUCAAAACCUUCAGGUACUUUUACAUCCAACAAUAGUGUUUACAUAAAUCCAUUUGAUAAUAAUAAUUGCACUGUUUCUAAUGUUGAAGAUUUAUCUCAGAAAAUGUUUAAUAGUAAAAAUACAUCUUUUAAUCCUGAAAUUGCUAAUAAAAAUAAUUUACUUAAAAAUAAAGACAACGAACCAUCUGAAUGUCAAACUCAAGAUGAUGGAAAACCAUUAAAUAUUACACCAAAACCUCAUCUCUCAUCUGAUAUUCGUAAUCCAUUGCUUAAUGCUUUUUCUUUUAAGAGACCAUGGCUGUUUCAAAAUUUAAAAUCUAGAUCAAGAUUUGAUGGAAGAGGGACACCUUCAUGUAGUUUAGGAUCAUCUGCUGAUUCUCUCACUGGAAGUACAGGAAGUCAUCAAAGUAGUGGAAAAUCAAAAGUUGGAAUAAAAGUUUCAUUUCCCUAUAUAGGAAAAAAUAUAAAUAAAAGUUCCUUACUUCUGGAUACAACUGAUUCUACUACUGCAAUAGGAAAGAAAGGUUCAGCUAGCCCCGAUAUUUCAAGAAAGAAAUCAAUUUUAAAGAAAAAUGAUAGUUGUCAUAAAGAAGAAACAGAGAAGUUAAUAGAAGAUAACAGUUUGAAAAUUUAUUUGGACAACAAUGAAGAAACAAAUUUAGCAUGCAAUACUGUGGUUAAUACUGAUCUUAUAUCAACAGUACUUCCUGUUUCAACACUGUGUUCUGCACCUUGUUUAACACCAACGGUAACUCUUUCUAAUGUGACUAAACAACCAUUGAAAGCAAUUGGACCCAAAACUGGAACUAAACCCCAUGCACAACCAAUUAAAUUUGUUGGAAUUUCAGAUAAUGAAUAUUGUUCUGAAAAGGAUAAAUCUGUAGUAGAUAAUUUAUUGUCAAAAGAUUCAUUAUAUUUGCCAAAUUCAUCAGAUUGCAUUUCUUCAGAAUUAAAUAGUUUGCCAAAAACUGAUUUUAAUAUUUCUUCUGCUGUAUAUAAGAAUGAACCCAACUGUUCAACCAGAUCAAUUGGAGUUGGUAUUCAAGAAAAUGAACUUCUGCAGAAAUCAGAUGAAAUACCAUAUAGAGAUGUAUCUUCAAAUUCCAAUUCUCAAAAUUGCAAUAAUACAGAAUAUGUAUAUGAACAUCUGAAAGACACUAUAACCAAAAAUGUCACAACAGAAACUUUAAUGGAGAGCUAUGACCAAAAUUCUAAUGGUAUAAGUAAAAAUUUCAAAAGCAUUGAUAAUGAUUGUUUGAUUUCUCAAAAUUCUGAUGUUACAAAUAUUAUAUCUAAUGAAAAUCAAGCUAUCCAACCAUAGUCCAUUAGCAACAAAAUCAAGCUUUCAUGUAUAAAUUAUAUCUAUGAAAAUUCCAUCAAACAACUUCGUUUCAUCAGAAAUAUACUGUAUACAUGAAAUUGUAUAGUGGGUUUGUUUUUCUAAGUGAGAUUUUUUUUGUAAUUGAUUUUUAAAACUAAAAAUAAGAAAAUAUAUAUAUUAUUUACUUACAGAAAUAUUUUGGAG